GAAAUAGAUUACAAAAGUAAAUAUCAUUAUAAUAUUAUGAACCUGACAUUGUUGGAGAGAAGCGAUCCGCUCAAGAAGAACUAAAAAAAGAGAUACAAAAACCGAAUAAGCGACAAAAGACAAAGAAAGAUAUCACUCCUGUAGAAUGUAAAAAUAACUGGAUCUAUAUGCCUGCCAAUGAUGACCCAAAAAGAUAUUCGGUUCAUCAAGAAUAUACAGAUAUAGUUUGUCAAGAACAAUUUAAUUUUGAGAAAUAUUGCAGAAAGGCUUCCUCUACCAACACUCCUGGGGAACAUAUCCUCUUACCUUAUCCUCCUCUCCAUUCAGAUAGUUAUAAAUUUCAAAAGGGCUGGUCUACUUCAAAAAGAACAAUGGAGGGUGUCAUAAAAGAAGAAAACAAGGCAUUAUCCCCUUUUUAUGAUUGGUUGGAAACUCAAUCUGAUAUAUCUGAAGAUAGCAUUGAUAUCCCUGAAGCUCAAUAUGCUAAUUGCUGUGAUAGAGCAUCCCAAUUUCCUACUGUUAAAAUAGACGAUCAUCAAUUCAUGUGUGCACGUUGUUAUCGUCAUUUACAAAUAUUUAAUCUCGAAUGGCCACUUCGAAAAGAGAAGAAAGCCCAUUGGAGAUCUAAAUCGGCACCAUCUACUGAUGCUUCAACUCAAAAUAGGACCUCAAACUGUGAAUCAUCUCCUAUCUUAUCGUCCUUUCCUGCUUCUCCCUCAUCACCCCUUUCUCCUAACUAUCUUAAUUCCUCGAGUCGAUCAAAAUCUCGUACACCUAAAAGAAGCCCCUCCCGUACAUCACUUACGCCACCUUUUGAUCAUCAAACAACAAAAACGGUAUCACGCCGAAGACGUGGUAAUGCAAAAGAUGAAGUGUCAUUUUUAUCACAAUUGACUUCUACUACUCCAAAAGUCAAGGGUAAGAAACAGUCAAGCAAGCGUAAAAAAGAAUUUAAUUGUGAUCAACUGCAGCCAUUGACCCCCUCUAGCUCGAUCUUGCCAAAUGGUAGUAACAUGCUGCCUUCACUCGCAUCAGUUCUCAACACACCCGGUAAUCGAUCAGCUAAAAGGAUUUCAGUUUCCUAUUUACUAAAUAACUCUAAAGAGGUAAAGGGUUAUUCUAAUAAAAGGAAAUAUUCAACACUAUUUAAUGAAGAAGAGGAGACAAGCCAAGUCAUGCCUCCUGCAAAGAAAAUUUCUGUCAUUAAAUCUGCAAUGAAGAUUGAGUCUUUAGUAGAAGAGACGAAUAUAGAUCCCAUAAAGGAUAUGUUAAAAUCAAAUAGAAGCAUGAAGCGAUUAAUUACAAAUUAUUCAAAUUUUCCUUUUGACCAUCGAGAAUUAACUUUGGCCUUCCCUGGUAAAAAAUCAUAAAAGAUGAAAUAUGGGAAUUUGAUAUGAGUCAUGAUCCGAUACUUCGUGCGGUUGUUGCUAAACGAAAUAAAAAUGAACAAAAUAAACAAACUAAAAAACAAGAAGGGCCUUCCUUUACCCCGAAUCUAAUAUCAGCAACAACCAUUGUAAAUAAAGGUAAAAAAGAAUUACCAGAUAAAGUUUCUCCCACACCAGAGACUUUGUUACAAGAACAAUCCAAACUCUCCUUAGAGGCAACAACAGAAUCCUCACAAAUAAAGUCCUCUACAUGGUUGCAUCAGGAACGAAAAAAGGGAAGCAGUAGACAACGUCAUAAAAAAGCAAUUAUUGUAAAAAGUGGAGACCGACUUAAAAAAGGUGUUCCAAUUCCAAUACCACAAAAUAGAUCAAAUUAUUAUAAAUAG